GUCUACCCCGUGAGUCUGAGGGAGAAGGACGCCCGUCGUGAGCUUCCGUGCCUCACUUACCCGAGUCGCGCUCCACCACGCCCGAGUGUCGCUCUCUUUCUCUCCGCACCGCGUGCACACUUCGUAAAAAAAAAUAUAUGCGUGUAUGCACUUUAAUUAUACGGUAGUUGAAUGACUAAAGUGAGACUAUUUCAAAACAAGAAAAAUCACGAACAUCCAGAACAAAAAAGUGAAAUACAACAUCACCUUUGAACAGUGAAAGACAAACUUAACAUUAAUACAUCUGACAGUGUCUAACCAGCCACGUUUCACUGACAACCAGAACAUAAAACAAGGAAAAGAUUACAGUAUUGCAUAUGAAGAGUGAGAAGCAAACCUAACCUCAAUACAUCAGUGUGUAACCAGCCAAGCAUCACCGCCUCGCCCAAGCUGUGCUCUGAGACUACUUGGCAGAGUGACCGCAAACUCACCUCACAGGCCCCAGCAUGGUACAGGCAGUGGGCAUUGGUUGGGCGGGCUUCUGGCUUGUCACAUUGGCCUGUUUGGCGCCCUCAUCCCAUGCUCAAGCUGUAAUAGAGGACCCCUACCCGGAGCUGAUCACAGUGCCCUACUUCCUCUCGCCCGGCAACCGCAACAUCACUGCCUCGGUGGGCCAGACUGCUUACCUUCACUGUCGCGUGGCGCUGCUCGGUGACAAGGCGAAAGUGUCGUGGAUCAGGAAGCGGGACCUGCACGUGCUCACCUCAGGCAUGGUGGUGUUCGCCUCAGACCAGCGCUUCCAGGUGAUUCACGCGGAGAAGUCUGAGAACUGGACCCUGCAAGUCAAGUACGUGCAGUUACGUGACGCUGGAGUAUACGAGUGCCAAGUGAACACCGUGCCCAAGAUAUCCAUGGCCUAUACGCUGACGGUGGUCGAAUCGCGCUCCGUCAUCCUUGGCCCCGAGUACGUGAAGGCAGGGAGCACCAUCAACCUCACCUGCGUCAUCAAUCAAGUCAACAUGGCAGGCAUGGUGUUCUGGUACCACAAUCUGGACAUUCUGGACUAUGAAGGGAACGUGAAGAUUCUGACGCAGGAGGACCACCAGGGCACAUUGUCACGUCUCAUCAUCGAGAAGGCGACCCCUAAACACUCCGGCAACUACACCUGCUGACCCACGUCCGCACACCCCACCUCUGUCACCCUCACUGUGGUGAAGGGAGAGCAGCCGGCGGCCAUGCAGACAGGCGGGGGGGCUACGGCCUCGCUCAGCCUGGUGAUGCUGACAGCGGUACUGCAGCUGCUCGCCCUCACGCUGCUUCCGCCACUCAGAUGAUGAACUACGAGAGGAGGGUGUGCCUGAUUCCAGCUACGUUACCGCGCUGUUACCGCCAUCUCCCAGUACCGGUCCGACCCCCGCCCCGCCCACCAGUCGCCAGGCCACCACACCGCUGGGAAAGGCUAUACCGGACACAUUCCUGGUGACUUCUCAGGUCUACAGAAUAUAGGAUACUCUUAGUAUCUUUAGGAGAGUGGAGACUUUUUUAAUGUGAAGUGUGAAUGAUGUUUUAUAAAAGCGCAAAAAAAAAAUAUGUAAAUUUUUUUGGAGCGGUAAGAUGUAUUUUGAAUAAAUAUGUGUGUUGUUAGGGCUUUAAAAAACAGUGACUGUAUACAAACUAUAUCUGUAUAAAUAGGACAAUUUGCACCAAUUCACGAGUAUAUUUUAUUGUUUUCUAAUAAAUGAUAAAAAAAAAAAAAGUGCCCGAGCGAAGUGUGACAGGUCUCGGUGGUGUGUCCUCUGUAUGUAAUCAGUGUGAUGUCCAUAACAUAUUCAAGUUUUGUUCCCCCCAAUCUUCCUCCCCAGUACAAGCGCUGUGACGACGUGACGACUAACGUGUAAAUACAGACACACACCCAACUCUCCCCUCAUUUGAGUUCGUGACUUCACUGUAACAAAUGUAGUGUACUCAAGACAGCAAUGGUGAUUAGGUCAAUAUACUUCACUGUGUAAAGGCGGUGUACAUACUAAGUCCCCGCUGAACCAAUAUUUAUAUACCCACCAUCUGUGAAAUAAAAACAAAUAUUUCCAUUUCA